AUGGAAGAUAUCAGAACUUCAAUGGAUUCUUUUAUGCAGGAAGUUUAUUAUGAAUUAGAUUUAUUAAAACAAACAAAAUAUGGAAUGUUCAGUGAUACUGCUAUAAUGAAUUUAAGAACAAAAGUUAAUAUUUAUAAUUUCAGAUUUCUUUAUGUUAUGCUUUGCGGUCUUUGUGUGUUCAUUGGAAUUUUAUUCAAACCUUUCACUUUUCUUCUUUUAUUAAUGCAAGCUAUUCCAAUAAUCAUUUACAAAGUAUGUACUAAAUUAAAUAUCUCUAUCCCUAUAAACCUUCCUCAAGAAUUCCCUCCUUCUUUCAUAGCCAUUUGCAUCGGAUAUGUUUCUGCUUCUAUUACUGCUUAUUUUAACGAUUGUUUCUUAUCGUUCCUUCUUCCUUUAGUAAUCGCUGUUAUAAUUAUUCGUGCACACUCUUGUUUCGCAAUUACUGAUGCUGAACCUGAACACCCAUCAAAUUGUUCUGGUUGUCAACAACAUGACCACAAACAAUGUUCUUGUAAUGAGAACAAUCACACUACAUUAGAAAGUGAAUGUAAUUGCAAUGAAUGUAAUUGUUGUGAAGGUCAUAAAGAAAUUCCUACUUCAACACCAGAAGACAAGAAGGAAAAUUAA